UUAUCUGCGGGGACGGGAUGGAGGCUGGACAGCAGGCCCUGACGCACCGCUGCGGCGAGAUGGAGGGAAACUCUAGAGGAUGCAAGCCGGUGCUGCAGGCUGAACGCGUUCUGGUUUAUGUUUUAUGGCACAUUAUUGGAUGUUUGGUGAUAGUUUUAGCUUUAGAGUUACGGGGGAUGCGCGUUAUCGUCCGGAAGGAAGAGAGGGAGCGCCGCGCCGCGCACCGCUCCGCUGCUGCGCCGCUCAUCAUGCCGUGUGACUCGCUGAUAUGGAAGAGAGAAGUGAAAGUGCAGCAGCUGGUCGGCCGGUGCAUGCAGCCUGCAGCGGCUCGGCUUAUAAAUAGCCCCGAACAUCGGCCACUCGUGAACACUUUCUGUUUUUUGCGGCUGAAUCCGGAGAGAUUUCCUGCGCGCACGUCGAGCUCAUUUUCUUUUCACAUGGCGGUGACGCAAGUUGGCAACAACUUGACAGGGAAGCUGAGGGAGGCGAACAUGACGGCUGACUUGGAGGCGCCUCUGCCUGCUGGACAGGAGGAUUACGCCAUCCAGUGCCGAGAUGUGUGCCGGUCGUACGGCAAACUGAAGGUCCUCAGCAACCUGAACCUGGCCGUGCCGCAGGGACACAUUUAUGGCCUGUUGGGGCCCAGUGGAUGUGGGAAAACCACACUCCUGAAAUGCAUCGUGGGAACCCUGAAGAUCUCGCGGGGUCAGAUCACCGUGUUGGGGAAGCCGCCUGCGUUUCCUGGUCACGACGUCCCGGGGAGGAAGGUCGGAUACAUGCCACAGGAACUGGCACUGUACAAUGAGUUCACCAUCAGCGACACUCUGACUUUCUUCGGCCGGAUUCACGGCCUGACGUCGAAGGAAACCCAGGCUCGCAUGAACUUCCUCAUCGACUUCCUGGACCUACCUCAGAAGCACAGCCUGGUCCGAAAUCUCAGCGGAGGUCAGCGGAGGAGGGUGUCUCUGGGAGCCGCUCUGCUGCAGAAUCCAGAGCUGCUCAUCCUGGACGAACCCACGGUCGGAGUCGACCCUGUUCUCAGGGCCAAGAUCUGGCAGCAUCUGGUGGAGAUUGUGAAGACGGGGAAAGUGUCUGUUAUCAUCACCACACACUACAUAGAGGAAGCCAGGCAAGCCAAUGUGGUGGGUCUCAUGAGAAACGGUUGUUUGCUGGCUGAAGGUCCUCCAGAGGCCGUGAUGAAGCAGCACAGCGCUACAACCCUGGAACGAGCCUUCCUGCAGCUGUGCCAGACGUCGGACCAGAUCAGCUCCAAACGAGGAUCCAGUCCACAGGGUGGACCGUUAGAAAACAGCCAAUCAUUCGAGUCCAGCCGAGAUGAGAGUCAACCGAUCCUAGCAGUCGGACUGGCAGCUAAAGAUGAAAUUCCCAAAUAUACAGCCGACUGGAAGGUUCGAGCCAGACAUCUGCUGCCGAAGUGGAGAAACAUCGCUGCCCUGAUGAUUAAAACGCUGGUGCGGAUGAAGAGGAUGCCGUUCUCGUUGUGUUUCCAGUUCCUGCUACCCGUCAUCCAGAUCUCUCUGAUCUGUUUGUGUGUCGGAGGAGAUCCGAAGGGGAUCCAUGUGGCCGUGGUGAACAACGAGACCUCCCCCUCCUCGUUCAGCCAAUCACUGCUCUCCUUCCUGGACAACUCCAGCGUUCACCAGGUUCCCUUGUCCCAUAAGGACGCUUUUGAAGGGAUCUAUAAUGGAGAAUAUUGGGGCGUCAUCGGCUUUGGCAAGAACUUCACCAGCUACUUGACCAAACGGUUGCUCUAUCGGCAGGUUUCCAGAGACGUGGUCGACGGAGGAUCAGUUCACGUCUGGCUGGACUUCACCAAUCGACAGAUUGCCUUAAUGCUGCAGAAGAAACUCCACGAAGCGUUUCAGGCGUUUGUGGAUCAUCAGUGGAGCAGUAUGUCGUACCUGACCGCCCUGCCCAUAAAGUUCGAGGAGCCAAUUUACGGCAGCCAGAACACCGACUUCACUACAUUUGUGACGCCUGGAGCUGUUCUCAGCAUCACCUUCUACCUGGCCGUGGGUCUGACGGCGCUUUCCUUCGUCCUGGAGAGGAAAGAAGGACUUCUGGACAGAUGUUGGGUGGCAGGUGUGAGCUCUCUGGAGACGAUGCUGGCUCACCUCUUCUCUCAGCUGUUCGUCAUCAGCGUUCAGAUCAUCCUGCUGCUGCUCUUCAUCCUUCUCGUCUUCAAGAUGCCUAACGAAGGCUCCUUGGUUCUGGUCAUAAUCCUGAUCGUGCUGCAGGGCGUCACCGGCAUCUCUUUCGGCCUCGUCAUCUCGUCCGCCAUCGACGACGAGCAGAACGCCAACCAGGCCGCCCUGGGCAUCUUCUACCCCAACCUCAUCCUCAGUGGUAUCAUCUGGCCGGUGGAGUGUAUCCCCUAUCCUCUCCGCUACCUCAGCCUGGCUCUUCCUCAGACCUACGCCUCUGAAGCUCUUCGCUGUAUCAUGUACAGAGGCUGGGGUCUGUCUCAGAUGAUGGUGUGGCGAGGCUUCAUCGUCACUCUGGGCUGGAACACUUUCUUCCUCAUCCUGGCGACGGUCAUCCUGAAGCUGAGGACGUGACGACCUCACCUGAGAUCAUCCUCGAGGAGCCGACAGGUGAAGCCCCGGGGCCGUGCCUCACCUGGGGCACCAGAAAACAGAAGGAAAAGGGGAGCGGGAGGCAUCGCUGUGGUUUAACAGACCAAUUGGUUGAUGCAUCAGACUCCCUCCUCCACAUCUCACACUCAGACACACUCACAAACACACAAUCCAGCUGCCUGACUGAUCCUGGAACAGUUGCUCUGGCCUCUUCAAAUGUGGGUUUAAACUCAAGCUGCUGCACGUAGAAGUUUACAACAUGCACAAUACGUGAAUAUGUGAUAAACAGUGAAGAUAGUGUGUUGUCUGUUGGCUUGUUUCACUUCUACGUGCAGCUUCUUGAAGGUUUCAAUGCUCUGAAUGGCCAACUCAGGGUCACUGUUUAAAGUUUCUGUUUACCCUUAGUCUUAAUGCUGAUAGAGAGAUUUUUCUGUUUUGUUUGACGAUAAGUUGAGCCUGAGCAGUUCCUUUUGGUGGGAAAAAAUCACGGUGAAUAUACUGACUGUAAAUGUAGGAUGUUGGUUUUGUCCAUACAGCAUUCACAACUUACAUUUUAGAGAAAAUAUAUGUAAAUUUUACAUUAAAACUAAGAGUCUUAGCACAAAUAAAGGCAUUUGUCCUCGAGAAAAUGUGAAAACGGAGGCGAGGAUUGAUGUCGUGGGACUAGAUUUUAAAGAUUGCUUCGUGUUGCCCAGAAGAUUCUCCGUCAUUCAGGCGUCCCAGCUGCUCACUCGUCAGAUUUGUGUUGGACAUCGUGUCUGGUUUUGGCAGGAAAACGUAGCCGUGUCGUUCACGUAAACGUGCGCCAUCACCGUUUCAGGUUGACUGUGUUCUCCAUAAGUCGUGUUUUGUGCCUGGUUGGUGAUGGGAACGGAUUGGUACUGUAUUGUUUAUUUUUACUGCUCUCUACUUUGCUGGACAGAGUGGAAGCUGUUGGAUUUAUUUCUUCUCACAGUUCAGGUUUGUCUACUUCCAUAUAAUUCUGUUUUUUACACCAAACUGCUCCAACUUUAUACUUUGUUUAGGAAUCUUGCUCUAACGACGAGAAUAAAAGCACACAGGAGGACUGAUGUUUGGGUCCAACAUGUCAUGGAGAUGGUGUCGACACUGUGGGGAAAGAGGAAGAAAAAUCCAGAAAAAUUAAAUCAAAUGUAGACUUUCCUUCCUUUUUAUGUACAAAUAAUCUGUAGUGAAGAAAACUACACUUUUAAAUCUCUCUUCAAGGUGCUUUUAUGUAUAGUUUUUGUAUUUUUUUUUGUAUUUUUUUUGAAAUUACAACACAGUCCAUCUUUAAAUUGUUUGCUUUUUUUUUUUUUUAAUUAGAAUUGGGUAUUUUUUUGUGUUCUGCCUUUUGCAUUUUGUAUAAACAAGCAUGAAACAAUGUAGAAAAAUAAGACAUUUAAAUUUGGAAUUGCUAAAGUAACCAGAUUAUUAGGAAAAAACUAUUCUCCGUUAUUAAUAAUAAUGUUUAUUUUGCUGUUAUUUCUUUGCCGUGACCACAUGCUGUCCUUCCUGCUUUUAAAGGAAUAGUUUGACAUUUUUUGGGUAAAAAGUGCAUUCGAUUGGUGCUACAUUCUACAUAUAAUACAAUCAUUAGCAAGUUAGCUUAGCAUAAAGACUGGAAACAAGGGGAGAAAGGCAACAACAUCUAUAUAUAGUGAUUUUUUUGGUAUAGAAACCUAACUUAAAUGUGAUGGUAUCCCAAAAAAAAUCUACAUUUUCACGUGUUUGUUUGGAUUAAACUAAUUCAGUUACAUUACAACCUCUCAUUUCACUCAGAAGAACAGAAACAGCAUAUUUCUUAAACUGUUUCUUUAAAAGUGAGACCCACAGUGUUGGAAAAGCACCAGACCAGCAUCACAUGUUGUGCCAAUCUUAAGACAAAUGUUUACAUUCAUCACGGCUUCAUAAAUCUGAAUCUUUUUGUUAGCAGACAGUCCAGCUGUAGAUCUAAACACGUGUACUAGUAUGUUCUGCUUGACGUGUUGUGAUUGUUCCCUAUUUAGUAUCUAUGAUGCCAACUGUGCUGCAGUGAUGUUAUGUCUAUUAACGUGAUAAAUAAUGGAUCUUAAUGGCUGUAAAUUCCUCUGAUUGGUUUACGUCAUGCUCUGAUUUCCUGCUCUGUAAAUCUGCUCUUGUUGCUCUGCUGUACAUUCUUCAGUAUCGCACGUUUUAAGGGACAUCGUGUUCUUGUUUGGUAAAGAAAAAGGGGGUUGUAACCUCUUCAGUCGUGUUCAGAUGACACCACAGUUCUUCUAAAUGGACUCAGCUGUAUUUUGCCAAACUGUAGCCGUUGACAGAAAGUUGAAGAUGAAUCCUUCUCUGUGCCUGAUCGACUCCCAUCACACAAUAUCUUUAUUAAAAUAACUUUAAAGUGGUGGAUUUUCUCUGCUGAAAUUAGUCCAGGUUACGUGAAAGAAUUGAAUAUUAGUUGCUAAUUUUGUGAGGACACCUUUUUAUUUUCUGGACAGUUAUCAUCAUUAUAUUGCCAAAAACUGUGUUAAAUCUGUGUAAGGUUGGUGAUUUCUGUUCUAAAGUGCUCUGUAUCCUUAGCUGAGGAGGAAACAUCCAUGUUCCAGUUGGAAAUCUACCGACUAAAAUUCAACUUAUUGGAACAAAAAUCUGCAUGCAGAGAAGCACUUCAGAAGUUUUACAUGAACUGCAAUUAUCCUACUGAAGACAGUAUUUCUACUAAGCUGAUUACCUGGUUUCUUAGCUGCUCGGUCACUUUGAGAAUCAGAUGUUCAUGGUUUCCAGACGAUGAAUCAUAAUUUGGUUUCCAUUUGUGCUACCAUGAGAUUGACAUUUUUCAUUGACUUUAAAACAUCCAUACUGUUGGAUGCAUUACUGCGCCACUUAGUGCACGUAUUCAUUUCCUAAAAAUGAAUUGUACUGAUGCCGAUUCUUUGACCUUUAAUCAGGACAGAACAAAGAUCUCUGCAGUGCUGGAGGAUGGUCUGACUGCACCUCAUUUCAUUCUGCUUUAGGGUAAAAAUACGCUCUUGUUUCUGUUUUUUAAGCCAAUCCAAAUCAUCUUGGGUGCUACUUAGCCCAGGAUGCAGUGAUGGUGCCCCUGCAAAAUGGCAACCGAUGAAAUGUUAGGGAACGUUUGCACGCAGGAAACUGUCUUUGAAUUUUCGAAUUCAUUGAAAAAAACAAGCAGAGAUGCCUUAUUUAACAAAAUUCUUCGCUAAACUUGCCAUUUUCAUAGUUUAGGUUGCUGUUUGGAGGUUGUUUUGUCGUUUUCUAGAGGCUUUUACCCAUAGUCAACAUUUUAAUAGUUGUUUUAGUGUUGUUUGGUUUAUAAUUAAAUGCCUCCUAAGCCCGCUUUAAAGUGUAAUAUGCAACAUUUCUAUAUAUAAAUAUAUAAGUAUCAGAGGCAGAUUCUGUUCACUUGUGCACUCAGAUUAUCCUAAAUGUCUCCAACAAACCCAGAGAUGGUUGAUUGGUUUGAUUAUUUUGACAACAUACUACACAUUUACACAUUUACACUAUUAUAUCAGCUGUAUAACAUUCACUAUAACACUGCUGUGCCUCGGGUACAAUAUGACAGAAAUAUAGAAGCUCUUUAUUGAGAACCUGUUGGGAACAUUUGACACAAAUUGCCUUUAAAUUUCUGCUGUUUCGCCUCAUAAUGCGAUAGAAUAGUCUGAAAGUCUGUUUACUGAGGUAGUCUUGUCUAGUCUGUUUUCAUUAUUUCAUCAUUUAUCUCUGUUUGUUUGUGUUUUCUCUGUUGGAUGGAAGUGGGCAGGACAGGAGUAAGUGGUUGCAUAAAUCGGACAUUUCACAAUAGGCUUCUGAAUAUGAUGGUUGGGUUGCUUGCUUAAGUUGCCAGGCUGCCAUCAGUCAGAUCUGACUAGACAAUACCCACAGUCUCCUUACUCUGAAUGUCAAAUCAUAAAUUAUGUCUUAGAAGCUUUAAUGUUCCUGACAAGUCCUUCAAACUAGGUUUUAGAGGCUUUAAAUGAAGGCAAAUCUGAAAUUCUCAUUGAGAAAGCAAAUAAAAUUCUAUAUUUGAUGGGUGCUUCAUGCAUGUUUUCUCCAGAUAUCUGAACAGGUGAAGUUUCAUUCAUGUUUUGGUGUUUUUAGUUGGAAUAUUGCAGUUCAUGUAAACUCAGUUAUGAAGGUUUGUUUCAUAGGAUCUGCUCCAAACUCCACUCGACUACCUCCGCCGUCUCCUCCCCAAAGGGCAUGUGAAGCAUUUACACUCUUGUGUUGUGACAUGUAUACACUGUGAUAGCAGACGAUGAAGUUCAUUUAUUCUCAAACAAUAAACCUGGUUGUAAAAUCC